AUGGCUACUUCGAUUUUCACGCGCAUACCAUGGCGCACAGUUAGUAAGUUGGGAGUAUCGGCAAACCCAGUCUUCUCGAAUGCCUUCAGAACACCACAACGUGCAAUUGCACCCCUCACAUCACAAUCUGUCAGGCAUAUGUCGAAUACACCUAAUGCACCAAACCCCGCUUCUACAGAGACAACCUCGAUAACCCCGCCCGCAGCAGAACCUACCGCCGAAGAUAUCUUCGAUGUCCGCUACCCCCGUAACGUCCAAGCCAUCUACCUCCGCCCCCUACGUCGCGAAGCCGAAUACGGGGUCCCCUCCUGCGAUCUACAACUGCGAUCCUACAACAUCCGCAAUCUGGAAUUCUUCUCCGACUUCGCUCUCCGCGCUGCAUACUAUCUCCAUUUACCUGCAUUUGGACCUGUACCUUUGCCUAAAAUGAUCGAGAGAUGGACGGUACCAAGGUCGCAUUUCAUUCAUAAGAAGAGCCAAGAGAAUUUUGAGAGAAAGACGUUGAGGAGGUUGAUUCAGAUUAAGGAUGGACAUCCGGAGACGGUGGCAUUAUGGUUGGCGUUUUUGAGGAAACACGCAUAUUACGGGAUAGGAAUGAAGGCGAAUGUUUGGGAGUAUGCUAAGAUUGGUGUCGGCAAGGAUAUGGAUGCUAGUAUGGAGGAGAUGAGGGAAGUUAUGGCACCACAGUGGGAGCUGUUUGGUAGGAGGCAGGGUAAUGAGACGUCGGACAAGGUUAUGGAGAUUCUGAAUAGGGAGAGCUUUAAGGCGGCUGUGGGAGGCAGCGCUCCCGGAGUUAGAGUUGAGCCCCAUGCUCAAGAGUCACCCACCCCGGCAGCGCCUCCAGAACGUGAAGUCACGAAUUCUGCACGCUGCCCUCCCAAACCGCAACCACAUUUGUCAACGACACCAAAGCACGAAACCCGGCCCACCUCGAGUAAUAUUUUCCGGCAUCCAACCCACGGGAAUCCCACAUCUAGGGAAUUAUCUCGGAGCGCUCAAGAACUGGUGCCGCAGAAAAAGGGGGAGUUGAGUAGGGCGAAGAAGGAGACGUUGGCGACGCUGUUGGCGAUGGAGUUGGAUCCGGAGAGGUGUUCCUGCGCAUUCGGAGUUGAUGUGGAUAUUGAGUUGUACGUCUUCGAUGGGAGUAAAUUAUCUCUCGAAGAUGAUGCUUCACCGUUAGAUGGUGGCAAGAAAUCUCCAAUCAAACUGGGAUUAUUUUCAUAUCCUGUUCUGCAAGCUGCGGAUAUUUUGGUUCACGGGGCUAAUAGUAUACCGCCAAGAGCAACCCACGUCCCCGUCGGCGAAGAUCAAGCCCAGCAUCUUGAAUUUGCCCGUGAAUGCGUCACGAAUUUCAACCAUGCACAUAGACACUGUCUCAUUGCACCGGAAACCAUUCUUUCCCCUACCAAACGCAUAAUGUCACUCACAACCCCCACUCAAAAAAUGUCCAAAUCGCACCCCUCGCCCCUCUCCCGCAUCCUCCUCACCGACUCCCCAGAAACCGUUAGCAAGAAAAUCACAUCCGCGCAGACCGACUCCCGCCACAGCAUUUCCUAUAGUCCCACUGAACGACCUGGCGUGACGAAUCUGCUUACGUUAUGGUCAUCAUUCGAUACCCAAUUCCCGAAAAGAAACCCAAGUCAAAUAGCUGCUGAAUGUGCGUUGAAGGGGUUGACUCUGAGGGAUGUGAAGAGAGAGGUGGCUGAGGUGGUGAAUAAGGGAUUAGAGGGCAUUAGCAAGGGGUACGAGAGGGUGUUGGGGGAUGAGGGGUAUGUGGAGGAGGUAGCUAGAAAGGGGGGGAUUAAGGCGAGGGAGAAUGCGGAGGAGACGAUGGUUAAAGUUAGAGAGGCGGUGGGGUUCUAG